AUGGACAGCAAGGCGCGGAGCUCUUCCAGAGAGGGCCACGGGCGAGGUGACAGGUCCUCUUCUAGGGAGGACAAGAGGGCGAAGGCCGGAAGGGGCAGCGGAGGACGCACGCGCCCCGAUGCUGGGUCGGAGCGACGGAGUGCCCGGCGGACCGGGACAGCUGGAGAUCCCCGAGCCCCUGCCGCCACAGCCACCACCGCCACAGCCACCGUAGUGGACGUGGACGAGGUUCGGGGCUCCGGUGAAGAGGGCACCGACGUGGUGGCGCUGCUGGAGAGCGAGCGACCAGAGGAAGGUAUCAAGUCCUCUGGGUUAGGGGUCUGUGAGUGGCUGCUUGUCCUCUCCUCCAUGCUCUUCAUCAUCAUAAGUUUCCCUUUCUCCAUCUGGUUCUGCAUAAAGGUUGUACAAGAGUAUGAAAGAGUAAUUAUAUUCCGACUGGGACAUCUGCUCCCUGGAAGAGCCAAAGGCCCUGGCCUGUUCUUUUUUUUGCCAUGCCUGGACACCUACCACAAGGUUGAUCUCCGUCUCCAGACCUUGGAGAUACCUUUCCAUGAGGUGGUAACCAAAGAUAUGUUUAUAAUGGAGAUAGAUGCCAUCUGUUACUACCGCAUGGAAAACGCCUCUCUUCUGCUGAGCAGUCUUGCUCAUGUGUCCAAAGCCGUCCAGUUCCUGGUGCAAACCACCACAAAGCGCCUCUUGGCACAUCGGUCCCUCACUGAAAUUCUCCUAGAAAGGAAGAGCAUUGCCCAAGACCUAAAGGUUGCCUUGGAUUCGGUGACCUGUACUUGGGGCAUCAAAGUGGAGAGAACUGAAAUCAAGGACGUGAGGCUGCCGGCUGGCCUUCAGCACUCUCUGGCUGUGGAAGCUGAGGCUCAAAGACAGGCCAAAGUGCGGAUGAUUGCUGCAGAAGGGGAAAGGGCUGCUUCUGAGUCCCUGAGGAUGGCAGCUGAGAUCCUGUCAGGCACCCCAGGUGCUGUUCAGCUUCGAUACCUGCACACUCUUCAAUCAUUGUCCACAGAGAAGCCAUCCACUGUGGUUUUACCUUUACCAUUUGACAUGCUAAACCUUCUGUCUUCUCCCAGCAACAGAACACAAGGAAGCAUCAACUACCCAAAUUCUUCCAAGCCUGUUGAACCACUAAAUCGCAAAAAGAAGGACUCUCCUAUGUUAUAGGGGUGAUGGGCAAAA